AUGUCAUCUGCGUCACAACAGCCCCUAUUCUUGAAGCUGGAGGCUCUCGUAUUGCCUCGCGACACUCUUUCGGAAUGCCAUUCUCUGUUUUUCAGUCCUCAGACCGUCGCAGCUGCUAUCCUGAAAGGCUGUUCCAAGGCUGAGAUUCAGAGGUAUUUGCAGAGCUAUGAUCGCCAUUCCAUCGAACGUCAAAUCUCGGACAACAUUCAUGAACGCCACUCCGCCCACGCAAUCGAUAUCAUAGAGCUAUUGCUGGAAUACGGCGCUAAUCCCGAAGCCAAGGACCCGAUGAACGUACCUUUGCUUGCGGUCACGAUCAUGUGGACCAAAUGGACCUACAAAAACGUCGACAAGAGCGUCGCCCUUUUACUUUCAUAUGGCGCAAGUCCUUACUGCAUACCCGAGUACAUGUGGUCGAUUUACAUCAAGAUGCCCGCCGAAAGAUACACCAAAGACAACCCCAUGCAUCCAAUGGCCAACUGGGCCAAAAAGUAUCACCGGAUCGUUCUCCAAGAGACAACAAAUCUCACCAUUCGUUAUUAUCUCAACCGUGCAAGUCUGACAAAGCUGGCUACGAAGAGACAACGUCAAGUGGCAAAACUUCUUGGGUGCCCACGAGUUCUUCACUUGCCCUUCCACAUUGUCGGGCAAGAUCAUACUCUGGAGAUCGUCAUGAACAAGAUCCUGGCCUACGACGCAAUGAACAGGAAGCGGCCUCUUGUCCUCGCGUUUGCCGGUCUCUCGGGUCACGGCAAGACAGAGCUUGCGACUAGUCUUGGGCAACUCUUGGCUACAGACAUGUGCAACAUCGAUAUGAGCAAGAUAGAACGUACGAUGAGUCUGUUCGGCGCUGCGGCUCCAUACUUGGGAUCACAUGAAGGAUCGCCUCUCAACAACUACUUGUCCAGUCACACGUCUGAGCGGGGUGUCGUUUUUCUGGACGAAUUUGACAAAACCAAUCAAGAAGUGCGUCAGUCCCUGCUUACGAUUCUGGAUUCUGGUGUUGGGUUGGAUCUACGCUCCAACACAGUCAUCGAUGUGUCCAAAUCUAUCUGGAUACUCGCCUCGAACAAAGGUGACGAUCUCAUCUCUAAGUUCUACAGCAAGAACCUUGAGGGGAAGACCCAUGCAAUCGACAUACACAACAAACCUCCUCGACCAGUUGGCCACCUUCAUCUGUCUCUUGUGAAGGAUGGAGAUCUCUGCAAGUUUCUCUUGGAGAACCACUACAUUCGUGAUCUGGGAGCAAGAUCGAUUCAUAAUUGCGUUGAUGGACUCGCGGACGAGUUGUUCAUGCUUUACACUGCCUCAGAGGACGAGAUAACUGAAACAACCAACAACGGAUCUCAUGUCAAAUACUCGAUGCAGCUCCAUCCUGUCGAUCAGACGUUUGAGGUCGCAAUUCGUAAGGACGGCACGACUCUGAUCCCGUCUGACUGA